CCCCCCCCCCCCAGCGUCCUUUUUCCGCCAGUGCGUUCGGACAUCUCUUUUUCUCGUCGCCUGCAUUUCAUCACUCAUCUGGGCAACAAAGGACUUUUAGUGCAACGCCUACUUUUUUUUGCUUUCUCUCCUCUUGCUGCACUUUAAGUCACACAGAUUAAAACACCAGGAUGCGUGAAAUCGUGCACUUGCAAACCGGCCAAUGUGGUAACCAGAUUGGUGCCAAGUUCUGGGAAGUCAUCUCAGACGAGCACGGUAUCGACCCCACCGGUACCUACCACGGUGACUCUGACCUUCAACUCGAGCGCAUCAAUGUCUACUACAAUGAGGCCACUGGGGGCAAGUACGUCCCCCGUGCCGUCUUGGUUGACUUGGAGCCUGGAACCAUGGACUCUGUUCGCGCUGGACCUUUCGGCCAGCUCUUCCGACCGGACAACUUUGUGUUUGGUCAAUCCGGUGCCGGUAACAACUGGGCCAAGGGACACUACACCGAGGGUGCAGAGUUGGUCGACUCUGUCCUCGAUGUCGUCCGCAAGGAGGCCGAAUCCUGCGACUGCUUGCAGGGUUUCCAGAUCACACACUCCUUGGGUGGUGGUACCGGAGCUGGUAUGGGUACCCUCCUCAUCUCCAAGAUCCGUGAAGAAUACCCCGACCGUAUGAUGUGUACCUUCUCCGUUGUUCCAUCGCCCAAGGUGUCCGACACCGUUGUUGAGCCCUACAACGCGACAUUGUCCGUUCACCAGCUUGUGGAAAACUCUGACGAGACCUUCUGCAUUGACAACGAGGCCUUGUACGACAUCUGCUUCCGGACUCUCAAGCUCACGACGCCCACCUACGGUGACCUUAACCACCUCGUGUCCGCUGUCAUGAGCGGUAUCACUACCUGCUUGCGUUUCCCUGGUCAACUGAACGCUGACCUCCGUAAGCUUGCCGUCAACAUGGUGCCAUUCCCUCGUCUCCACUUCUUCAUGGUCGGAUUCGCACCUCUUACAUCUCGUGGCUCCCAGCAGUACCGUGCUCUCACGGUCCCUGAGCUCACCCAGCAAAUGUUUGAUGCCAAGAACAUGAUGGCUGCCUCUGACCCUCGCCACGGGCGUUACUUGACUGUUGCCGCCAUGUUCCGUGGUCGCAUGUCUAUGAAGGAAGUCGACGAGCAGAUGCUCAACGUACAAAACAAGAACUCCUCUUACUUUGUUGAAUGGAUACCUAACAACGUUAAGACAGCCGUCUGUGAUAUCCCACCCAAGGGUCUCAAGAUGUCCGUCACCUUCAUCGGCAACUCUACCGCCAUCCAAGAACUCUUCAAGCGCAUCUCUGAUCAAUUCACCGCCAUGUUCCGUCGUAAGGCUUUCUUGCACUGGUACACUGGCGAGGGUAUGGACGAGAUGGAAUUCACUGAGGCUGAGUCCAACAUGAACGAUUUGGUCUCUGAAUACCAGCAAUACCAGGACGCAACCGCAGAAGAGGAGGGUGAAUUCGAGGAGGAGGAGGGUGAAGCUGAGGCCGAGGCAUAAGCAACUCGACCGUAGUGGGAGGGAGAAAGCAAACCAGUGUAGAGCUCUUUACCUUAUUAUAAGUAACCAAAGUUGUGUGUCCUCUGCUUGUGGUGUCUUGAGUGUUUUUUUCAAAUAAAAAAAAAGUAAAAAAAAAAAAACAA